AUUAUGCACAGGUUAUUUUGAUAAUCUUGUGGGGAAUCGUUCGCUAAAUGAUCUGCGGUUUUCUGUCUUUUUGUUUUCUUCCAAGAUAAGCUAUGGUGUGACCAAAAGCAGUCAGUGUAAAAUUAUGGAUUGCAUUUGUGGUGGAGUGGUUGUUACAGUUUAUGAUACAUGUAGCUUUUCGGUUUUCUGUCAGCUGACAUUUGUGUUUUAACAAUGAUGGUCUUUGCUUCUGCAUCUGCGUCGCAUUUUAAUGCACCACAAACUCUUACCAGACUUCCCUGCCUCUGGGUAGGUUAUGUGAAUUUAACAGACAGCCUCGGACCGCAUUCAGGAGCGCAGGAGCUAUGAGAAGAUACUUGUGGACUUCAUUCUUCGGAAGACAUACAGCCUUUAUUUAAGAAAGCAGUGAAAGGCGAGUGUAGACGGCGGCAUCGUCAGUAGUAAAAGUUGAACUGAAAGCGCACAUUCAGUAAAGGAAACUGAUGCGCGUAAGAAGGGAUGCCAGCCAGGCGUGGCUUGUGUUUGAAUAUCCAAUGUGAGAAUGCGUGGGGAGUAUGUAUAUAAUAGAGUCUUUCCAUCUGAUAAACAGAGAUAUCAAACUGAUGAAUAUAGCAAAGGACCAUUAAUAAGCUGAGAGGACUGCGCUGAUUUGGAGGAGCACGACGCGCUCGGUCCGCUUUGUGCGUGCAUGGACCGGACCUCUGAGUCUGAGCUGCACCGUAAACUUUUCUCCCUCCUUCAGCCACCGUACAUUAGAAAUGCCUUCGCUUAAUUUGACAGCUGUGCAUACGAUGGCAGAGGUCGGGAGUUUUCUGGGGACACUCGACUUGGAUUUACAAAGCUUUCCUGCGCUCGGGAAUAUGCCCCUACCGGAGUCUCCCGUGGGCUUGAAUGAGCGGCUGGGACAGAUUGAGGGGAGGCUGCAGCGUGGGUCACCGACGGAUUUUGGGCACCUCAAAGGGAUCCUGAGGCGGCGGCAGCUCUACUGCAGGACAGGCUUUCAGCUGGAGAUAUUCCCCAAUGGGACAGUACACGGGACAAGACAGGACCACAGCAGAUUCGGUAUCCUGGAGUUCAUCAGUCUGGCAGUGGGUCUGGUCAGCAUCAGAGGAGUGGACGCUGGACUUUACCUCGGCAUGAAUGAGAAAGGAGAGCUCUAUGGGUCGAAGAAGCUGACAGCAGAAUGUGUGUUCAGGGAGCAGUUUGAGGAGAACUGGUACAACACUACGCUUCAACUCUAUAACAAACACACGGACACGGGGCGGUUCUACUACGUGGCCUUAAACAAGGAUGGUUCGCCAGGGAGGGCGGCAGGGACUAAAAAACACCAGAAACUCACCCACUUCUUACCAGGCCAGGAGAUUGAAAAGAUCCCUCAGGCAUACCGGGACUUAUUCCAGUACAGGUGACCAGUGCUCCCCUCACAAGUGGUUCACUUGGAGGGACAGAAAAAGAGAGAGCAGUUGUUGUGGGACUUUGGAACCUAGGUACCGAACUGUUUUACCCUCUCAACCUUGUUGCUUUCAUCAGCUACUCCUGAGGUCACUUGCGUUUGCGCCUCGGCCAAACACGUACAGCACUGACAUAAACAUUGUGCAUGUCCCUGGAUGAAGCCUCACUUGCCUCUACAGUGGACGUGUGACCUUAGUGAGGAGGGAAAGUUAUCCUGUAAAACCACUGCAGACAUGGAGAAAGGAGGUCAAAACUGAUGGAGACGGUGGCCUCAGGCCCAUAUGACUGCCGGCUGUGGGCCAAUUUAAAAUCAGUGCCAUGUUUUGUCAAUAACCACUUUUUAGACGUGUAUCGAAGUGACAUGCACGACCAGCUGCAGUCCACAGCCUUUUUUUUUUUUUUCCUUUCUUUGUGUAGCACUAAGUCUGUGGGCAGAGCGUGAUGGCUGACUUUUACAAACUAUGAAAAAAAGUGAGUAACAUUGAAUAAAAGACUUUUAGGAGUUCCGGAUGACAGAAAGCACUGCAGAUGACACAGCAAUGGUCAUGUGAAAUGUAAAAGAGGGCACAUUCCACAUUCAUGAUGAUAAAUAGGAUGGUCAGAGAUAGCGCAUGAAAAGUGACAGGUUGGCAAAGUCAGGUACUGAAGAGUCUGUGAGAGGAAUGUCUGUGAGGCAGAGAACAAACUGUAAUGAGCCAAACUGGAGUUUUAUUAAGAAUUAUUCCAACUCAAAGGUGAAGAUGGAACCCAAUCUUUACAAUGAAUGUGGGAUCAAUGAAAGAGCACUUACUGCACAUGCCCGGUCCCAGCUGUAAGCUCAUUUGAUCUCUUCAUCUGAUUCACAUUAAAUAAACAUCUUAAGCACCAUCUUCUAGGAAAUGACAAGCAAAAAAAAAAAAAAAGU